AUGAGCUUAGGAAAGGGGGUAUCGAGCAGGGGUACAGAACAGGAUUCACUGGUGACGGUGGUCCUGACAGCAGAAAACCACCCGCUAACAAUACUAGUAUACUAUCCGAUCGGCGAUAGUAUGACCAGUCUAUAUGAGCCUUAUCGGCUCCCUCAAUCGAAUUUUACAACAUAUUUGAAAAUGCGAUUCAAAUUUCAGGUUCUACUAUGGUCCACAUUAUCUUCCAGCUUCAGAAAAGAUAACAUUUGAUAGUACCGAAAAGCAGUUACCAAUUCGGGUUGAACUCCUUGAAUUUUUCGAGUUAUACUUGUUCCAACUAACGAUGGAAAUUCUGGGAAAUAACUCGAGAGUAAUAUGGACCAAUCCUGCAGCGUUCUUUACAGGAGAAUUCAUUCCAACUAAAGUUGAACAACUUGAAGCUGAACUUUUGACGAACUUGCGUGAACUAUCUGCUGGUUUCCCAAAAUUCAGGCAAUUAUUGCAGAUUCGAUGGAAAACCUCAGAUUCUAAAUACAGUCUUUUCGCGGUAGAGGAGUGUGGACAAUUUUACGAUCUGAAAUUACACUCCCCUAAUACAAGUUAUGAGAUUUUUGUAAGUGCAAAAACAUCCAAAGGCUAUGGUAGAGAGGAACGGGUGAAUUUCAUCACUGGAUCUCCACCAGGUUAG